AUGGCACUCGAACACGGUCGCACCCCCUCAGUCAAGUUCCUUUUAAAACAUGUUUCGCCAACUGUGCUCAACAGGGCGGCAAAAGAUGGAAAGACGCCACUGCACGUAGCCGCAAGCCAGGCAGGAAAUUGUGACAUCAUUCAAAUACUCCUGGAGUAUGGUGCCGUCAGAGCAAUCAGUAUGGUUGAGAAUGAUGACAGGACUCCACUGCAUCUCGCAGCAAGCCUUGCUGGGAAUGCUGAGACUGUCCAAUUGCUUCUGGACCAUGGCGCUGUCGAGUCAAUUAAACUAGUCGAUAAUGACGGCAGGACCCCGCUGCAUCUCGCAGCAAGCCUUGCUGGAAAUGCUGAGACUGUCCAAUUGCUUCUGGACCAUGGCGCUGUCGAGUCAAUUAAACUAGUUGACAAUGACGGCAGGACCCCGCUGUAUUUCGCAGCAAGUCUCGCUGGGAAUGCUGAAACUGUCCAAUUACUACUAGACCAUGGCGCUGCCGAGUCGAUCAAUAUGACUGAUAAUAACGGCAAGACCCCACUCCAUCUUGCAACAUGCCUUCCUUGGAAUAAUGAAACUGUCCAAUUACUUCUGGAUAAUGGUGCCGUCGAGACAAUCAAUAUAAUUGACAAUAACGGCAGGACCCCGCUGCAUCUCGCAACACGCCUUGCUGGGAAUGAUGAGACUAGCCUAAUAUAA